AUGCACAUCCAAAGUCUCAUUGGUGUCUGCCUGGUUGCCCUAGCCAGCACCGCGGCCGCUAUGCCCCGGCUCGCAGGUCCCUACACUGGCCACCGUCUCGCAGUCCCCAUCCCUACCAAUUCCACGAGCGCACACAAUGCGACCACAACGGGAACUCGUGGCAGAGUACCUUUGGCGACUGGAUUAUCGACCCCGAGAAACCAUACCGCCAGCCGUAUCGCGCACGGGAUGAACUCAGUUGACAAGCCCACUAAAGGUAGCAACCACUGCAAUGAGCUGUGUUCCUUGGAAGCCCAGACUUGCACUAUUGCUACACCUGAAGACGACAAGUACUGUUGGCAAGUUUACACACGUUGCAUGGGCAAGUGUCGGCCGGAUAACUUCCAGUAG